AUGGCGGCCGCCAGUAGUCCGGUCCCAGGGGUGUCCAAGGCUGCUGACCCCAAGACUCCUGGGGAAGCUUCCCCGGCGCCCCAAUUCAAAACCCCAGCCAGCUCUGUCCCCCCUCCCCAAGCCCAAACAUCAAGGGAUCCCCCGUCUGGAACCUCAUUCAAAGCACUGCCAUGCGGAGAGGAUGUGGAGACCAUGAGCGUCCGGCAGCUGAGGGAAGCACUCAAGGAGCGCGGCCUGAACUCGCACGGCUUGCUGGAGAAGCGGGAGUUCCAGGACCUGCUGAGAGCGCAUCUGCCUCCUAUCACCCCGGAACGCGCAGAUGCCACGCCCGCAACCGCGAGCGUCUCUGACGGCACAGCGGAACAGAUGCCGGCUGCAGAUGAGUCGGUUGCUCAUGCUGGUGCCAGUACACCCCUUGCGAGCAAGCCGUCAGACAAGCCGAGUCGUGUACCGAACGGUCCGUUGGAAGGAGGUGGGGCUGCAGCAGGACGCGAUUCUCUGGAUGGAACGCCACUCAAGGAGGAUGCUUCAAAGACGUCUGCAAGUCCUCCAAGUGGGGGGUCUACAGCCACCCCCACUGACAGCUCGGACCCCCUCCCGAAAACUCCGAGUGCCACCCCUCCGGGCGAGGGCAUCCCUCCUUCGAAUUGGUUCAAAGAGAGCCGGGUAGACAAGGCUCCACAGACCGUAGCGGGAAGGAAAAAGGGUACUCAGGGAGAGGAAACACAGACAACAAUACGGCCCAGGCGGACGGGCAGGCGAGUGCGUUUCACGCCCAUGAUGCAGGGCAGGCCGCGAGCACCGGUUUUCAGGCCGAAGGCGGAGCAAGAAGGUGCUGAGGAGAGGGAAGUUUUGGAGCACGAGGUUGAGGUCACAGUUCUGGAGGGGCUUCAGGGGUCGGCCAACAAGGAGAAGUGGAUUUUCCAACGGGAUGAAAAGGGACAUCUUCGGUCGCAGAGCGGUACGCGCAGCGAAUCGGACAGCGGUUCCGAGCGUCGUUCCAGGGCAAAGAGAGCCAGGGGGAAGGCCGCCGAGGCGAGGACUGCGAAUGCGCCUGGGUCUGGGCGGAGAUGUGAAACGAAGACGGAAGGAGAUGUCGGCCGGAAAGCUGUCAAAGAGAAUGACGUUGUGGGGCCCCGCAGGUCGUCACUUGGGAGCAACAGCGAUUCUGUGAAGGCGCAAGGGGGCGCAGGUGCAGCCCGGGUGAAGGAGACCGCCCGGAGGGGGCGCGGCGCGGAAGAGGACAGCGACAGCUCGAGCGAUGACGACAGCGAGAGUGACUCGGGCAGCGGCAGCAGCAGCGGGAGCGGAGACGAUUCGUCCAGCAGCGAGGAGUCAGAGAGCGAGGUCGAGGGAGCGGCUCAGACGCCGUCCAACAGCGCGGGCGGUGCUGCCGAGUCAGCCAUAAAGGAGAACGGUGGCUCAAACGGGGAUGCAAGCCCUGUCUCUGCAGCAAAGCAGAUGGUCGAAACGGGAGUGAAACCAUCCCCGGUUCGGGGGUCGGAGCAGGAUGGAAUUCCCGAGCGCAGGGAGCGGGGGAGGCCCAGGCGCGUUGUUUCCAAAGCGGCAGAGCAGGCUGGCGCUUCGGAACCUGCGAGGAAACGCGGCAGGCCGGUUGGGCGGCCUGGGGGUCGUUCGACCCCGCAGAAAGCGCCCGGUUCGAGGAAGCCCCGGGCAGUGGGGUUGAAAACUAAGGUGAAGCGGUUCUGGACGAGCGUGAGGGCUCGCGCGCGUGCGCAAGAGCAGAACGCGAGCAUCCUGCGGAGGAGCCGGAAGCUGUGGCGGCUGAAGACGGCGCCGGCGGACCAGGCGGCGGAGGCGCGGAAGCGACGGAUCGAGGCACGCAAGGCCAAGGCUGGAGAGGACGACAAGGCCUUCGCUCUGGCCAACCGCCAGAAACGCCUCGAGGCGCUCCAGGCCAAGGCCCUAGCCCGACGCGCAGCCGCCAAGCUCCGGGCAGAGAAGGCCGCGGCAAAGAAAGCCGCUGCGGCUCACGAUCCGGCCACGGCGAAAGAGCGGGUUCCCUCGACAAAACACAACCCUGCGCCAGGACCCAGAAUCGAUCCCGGAAUGCAGAAACGGCGGCGGCCGUCAGUGUCGAUCCUAGAGGCGGCGGUGAAACGGCAGGCAGCGAGGAACCUGGAAGUAGGGAAGGGGGAGCCGCUCGGGGAAGCACCCCGGGAAAGCGAUGAGGGCUCUGGUUUCGCUGGAGCAGGCUCCCGGUUCUGGGUACCGGAACCGGAGGUGCAGGCCGGGGCAGAUGGAAAGUUGGCACCGGGAGUCUCGGAACGAGUAGCCACGGCCGGAAUCAGCGCCCAAGUGCGCGGAGAACCUGGGGGAUCCCCCAGGACAGUCAAGCUUAGUCCGGUACAGGCGAAGUCCGUCCCAAGGAAGAAACGGACGGGGACGAGGCCUGGUGUCAAGCCCAAGAGUACGGACAAGCCGCCGGACAAGUUGACACCAAAGCAGGCGAGGGAGGGGCUUCCCGGGCGCCGCGCCGUCGAGCGACGCACCGACGGGUUUGUCAAAGACGACAGCGAAGAGGAGGCAGAAAAGGCGACCGCCAAAGAGCAGGUUGGCGCGGCCGAUGCGGUCGGGAUAGCUGGGCUAUCGCCGGAAAAAGAACCGGCAAAGGCGCCCGUGAAAAAGCGCGUGACGGGAAAACGGGCGGCCAGGAAGAGGCCGACUGCGAAGACGAACGGCAAGGAGAACGUCCUUCCGCCGGAACUGGCUGCGGAGAAGCGGAAGGAACAGUCUGCUGCGUCGCCGGAAGCGGGAGCGAGGAAGGUGAAGCCGUUGGGGGACGUGUACGUGAAAGACGAAGAGGUGCGCGUGCAGAAGCGCGCCAUCCUGAAAGAGGCCAAGGCCCGCCGGUUCGCGGUCGAGCGCACUCCGCUGCGGCGCACGGAUCGGCUGCGGAAGAAGGCCCCCUCCGCCGUGCCAGGUGCCGAAGAGCCGCGGCUCCAGCCGGACGCUCCGACGGAGUCCGGGGCAACGAAGAGUCUGCUGGAGGCGGACGUCCGAACGGACGGCUCACCGUUGGCCACUGGGCGCACGACACGUGGCGGCGGUCUGAAAGCGGGUCCGCAGAAGAAGGGGGCAGUAGAUGCUCGGGCGAAGGUGGCGAAAGCCGGAAAAAAGGAAGUCAAGGCUGGGAAGAUGGGGCUCAGGAGAGGGGCCAGCCAAGGAAGUGACGCUGCUGCCGACGUCAGCAUUGCAGCCGGGGAGAUUAGGACGAAGGUGGGGACGGCAGGAAAGAAGCGUAGGAAUGUUGAGACGCCAGCAGCAGACACGGACAAAGCCCCUCACUCGAGCGGGAAGAAGCGGCGCUUUUCGGGAGAAUUGAGUGCUACGCAGGCAGCGAUGAGUGGGGCAAAGGGGAAGCUAGCCCGACGGAAGGACAAGAGUCGCGAACAGCCAAUGGAAACGGAGUCUGACGAUGAGGUCGUAGGGAAGAAGCGGAAGGGUGAGAAGGAGAUCAAAGUAAAGAGAAAGGCGGCAGAAUCUGAGGGAGAAGACGAGGAGCGCGCGCGGAAACGGAGGCGGAAGGAGAAAGCGCGCGCGAGCAGGGGGGAAGAAUCGGAUGAGGAGGAGCAUGGGAGGAAGCACCGGGGCAAGCAUAAGCGCCGGCACAAGCACGGGAGGAAGCACCGGCGGCACAAACACCGGGACGAGGGGGAGUCGGAGUCGGAGCACCGCCGCCGGAAGCAUAAGCGGAAGCGCGGGGAGACGGAAGAGGAACGGAAGCAACGGCGGGCGGAACGGAGGGAGCGGAAGGGGGCGAGAAGAGAGGCGAGACGCGCGGACAAAGCGGAGAACGAGAGCGAGGGCCGUGCGGAGGCGGGAGAUGCGUCCGGAGAUGGCGGGCAGGAGAGUGAUGGCGCGCGCGAGCAGCCGGGGGCGGAGGCGAGCGAGCGGAAGAGAGUGGAACCGGAAGCUGCGGCGGCGGAAGCAUCGGAUCCGGGGCACGAGGAGACACGUCCCAAGCGGACGCCGGAGGCGUCCGAAGAGAAGGACGGCCAGACAACGAACGAUCCUGGCGAUCGGACGUCCGUGGACAGUGACAAGGCGCCGGUCGAGAUGCUUAAGGAAGAGGCGGUGAAAGAGGCGGGCCCUCAGGCUAACGCCGCUGAGGAGACAAUUGCUCAGAAGGAGACCGGGGGAUCGUCCCGGCCGGGGGGGGUCGUUGAGAAGAACGUUGAAGAGGCCCACGAAAGUCCCCCGGUGGGCACUCCCUCUGGAAAAGUUGUCCGCGAAGUGGAGCGAGGAACUGAGCCAGAAGCAGUUGUAUCUGAGUCGGAAUCGACAGGCAAGGGUCCUGUUUUGGAAACCAGCCCCCCUGCUGAAAGCAAGACCACACAACCGGCAUGGCACGGGUUCGGGGCGUCAAUAAACGGGGGUGCACAGUCGCCUCCUCGAGAAAGGACUGAGGGCGCCCCGACCGCGUUCUCUGCGGGAAAAGAGACGUCGCCGCCGCCAGAGGCAGAAGUAGCCCCGAGAGAGGACGAAUCGGCCGGAGAACCAGAGCCAGCAACCGAGCAAGGAGCCGCACUUGUUGCCCCGGAUAGCGUCGACAAGGAAUCGGGUGCGGCUACCAUUAGCCCAGGGACGAUGGCUCCUGCCAAGCCGACUCGCGAGAAAGCUGAUGCCGGGGAGGAGGAGAGCGGGUCGGACGUGGCGGAAGAGAGCGAGAAGAGCGAAGAGGAGGAGUGGGAGAGUGCGGCGCUGGACGCGCUGCUAAAGUUCGAGUCCGGCAAGUUGAACGUGGACGAAGAAGCCACUCCGCAGAGCAAGCUGAAGCGCUCGGACGUUCACAUCGCAGAGGAAAAGGAUGGGGUCACGAGCGUCGCCAACAGUGGCGCUCCCCAGAAAGCGAGGUCCGCUCCGGUCACUGAAACGGAAGUUGCAGAGCGGACGGAGGUUCCUGCCAGCCCAGCCGGAGGAGAGCAGAGUGCGAGCUCGGCAAAAAGCGCGCCCGGGACCCCACCGAGAGCAGAGCCGCCGGUUGCUGACGUGGAGAGCGUCCUCGACUGGGUGGCCGCGAAGGGCCGGUGCAACCUGGCUGACGUCAGCGGCAACUUUGCGGGCACGGCGCCGAGUGUGUUGGAGGGCCUGCUGCAAGAUCUGUUGGGCAGUUUCGACAUUGGCGUUGACAAUGGUCACUAUUUUGUUCUGUAAUGUGUUCAAAGACCUCGUGCAAGAUUUGCGUCCUUUUUCCCCGUUGCGAAGCGCAGAUUGAGGUGGGAGUUGAGUUGAGGGACUGACUGCGAGGGGUUUCAUUUUCCUAGGCUUAGGCUUAAAGCAAAGCAGAAUUGGCAAUGCCGCUUCCACCAGCAAUACAAUCUGCGGCUACUUAUGUGCUUGAACAGAUCCUAAUCAGUGUGCCUUUCAAGUCGCAAUCUACAUUUACCCAGUCUCCAACACAUGGCUGCAAUUGCUUGUGCGCACAAUAGGCGCUCGUUGCCAAUCCUCAUUGGGACUUGCGGAUGCCAGAUUAUUAACCAC